UGUACUCAAGAAGAACCUAGGCAUAAACUCUUUUAUUUUUCAAUUCACCUAAAGAACUUCGGCAUGGAAUCGAAUCGAGAAAGUAAAAAGGAUAAUAGCGAGCCCGAUUCGCGGCGCUCGACAAAAAAAGCAAUGAUCAAUCCACAGGAUGUACCACAACCGCUGGAAGAGCCAGUAAAAAAGAAACCCGAAUCGAAUACUUACAUGAAUGAAAUCCAAGCGGAGAUUGAGUCCCGCCAGCAGCUUAAGGUGCUGGAGACGGUGGAGGGUGAGGAGGUGGACAUGACACCCAACUAUAUAAUGGACUCGUCCUACAUCGAUCAGUUUCUACACUUCAAUAUAUUUCUGCAGCAUGAGCUGGUUAAUCUGCCACUAAUGCACACCAGAUUUUCCCAUUCCAGGUCACGCACACGUUCGAGCAUGCGAGGAGGCAUUGGUGGCAACAAGCAGUCCAUCGAUGAGCUGAUCAAUGGGAUUAUGUAUGAGACCAUUGUCUUUGAUCCUACGAUUCAUGAGAAGAUCGAAGAGGAGCAUGUGCCGACUCCCUUUAAGCGCAGCUUUGUCAAGGUCACACUGCGCAAGUCCGAGUUCAUAGAGCUGUGGAGCCAGGUGGGCACCACCGUGCCCAAGGGCACGCCCCAAGGCGAUCACGUCGAGUCGGACAAUCGCCACUAUGAGUAUCUGACUGUGGGCAAGGGCAAGGUGCGACGUCGCUCCGACAACGAUGCACAGACGGACAUCUUGCUGACGAGCACGCGAGCUGUUAACACCAUCUUUGUGGACUACGCCACCGUCGGCAGCUAUGUGUCCAACUUUGAAAUGUACGAUACACUGGAGGGUACAAAUAAAAAGAAGGCGCACGCCUCCCGCAUAUCGACGGGGUCACAAACGAUGGACUUUGACAGCGGCGAGGGUGUCGUCAUGGCCGACGAUGAAGCCAGAGACCGCGAACAGGCCAAGGCAGCACAGGCUAAGCUCUUUAGCAGUCCAGCCUUUCGGAAUGCCAUAUUGUACGUAGGACGCACUUUGUCCAGUAAUCUUUACAAGAAUGGCAUGCAGCGUUUUCGCAAUUUCAAGGAGGUGGAUCGGAGCUCCACCGACGUGCAGUACAAGUAUUCCAUGAAUAUUCUUUUUCGUUUGGUGCCCGUGCCCAGCAAGGAUGAGCGCAAGGGCGUCAGUGACAUUAGCUUCUGUCACAGCAAUAGCGACAUUCUGGUUGUCAGCUAUGGACUCUAUUCGUUUUCAUCGAAUCAUGUGCCCGCCAGCGGCGACGUUUACGUCUGGAGCAUUAAGAAUCCCGGCGAGCCGGAGCGCGCCUACUACUACAACAUUCCUGUAACCGCUGUCUGCUUCUCUCCCUUUCUUCCCUCGCUGAUUGCCAUUGGACUUUAUGACGGCACCGUCGAAGUUCGCGAUGUGGCGGACAUGAGCAACGUUCCCAUUGCCGUGUCACAGCGCAGCAGCUCCCCAGGCUGUUCGCCUGUCGUAGCCAUUCGCUGGCUCAAGCAGAUUGACGAUGAUGACAACAAUGAGAUUGAUCCUUUUCUGAGCCUCUCCCAGGACGGCACUGUCACACGCUUUCGCAUUGUCAGCAGUCCUUUUCUUUUAGGUUUUACUCAAAUGACCUUAGAGCGCGUCGAAGGUCAGCCGGAGGGCAUACAUGUACCGCUAUCGCCGCAAUUGCAAGUCCAGUCCAAUAGGCAUCCCCAAGGACUCUACAUAACCACUCAUCCAGUGCAUAAGGACAUCUACUACAUACUGACCGACGAGGGCUGCAUACACAAGUGCUCGAUCAACUAUCAGCAUCAGUAUCUGGAGGUGCUCAAGUGCCACGACGGCGGCGUCAACGUCAUGGAGUUCUCGCCCUGGUCACCCAAAGUGUUUCUCACAUGCGGCAAUGAUUGGUACGUACGCAUUUGGAUUGACGGCAUUACGCGUCCACUCAUCGAGCUCUUCGACGACUUUCAGCCGCUGCACUGGGUCAACUGGAGUCCCACCCACUCCACCAUUAUAGUUGCCCUUAAUCGCGAAGCCGCCUCCCUUUGGGAUAUACGCCGCAAUAUUCUAAAGCCCAUGGGCAAGCACGAAUUGGACUCCUCCUAUAAUACAUCAGCGCGUUUCUCCAACAGUGGCACCACUUUGGUUGUGGGCAAUGAACGCGGCAACGUUUUGUUUUAUGGUAUUGAUGAUAUGCCCUUCGCUCCCCAUUUCCAAUACGAUGAGAUGGAGAAGGCCAUCUACAGAGCCAUUGGCAACGAUCAGGAAUUGUUUAUUGAACUCAAGAGCAUUGGCUUCUUUGGUUACCCCAAUAAAAAGUGCAAGAAGCCAUAUUAAAUUGUCUGCUAAUUGCAUCGAGUACUGUUAUAACUUAAUCUGAACUUACGCAUAAUAAAGA